AUGACAACCUCCGAAGGUGUAGUGGCCAGCGCAGAGCCGUCCCCUGUGCGCCUGGAGCCCGCCAAGAACACUCAUUUACCGGGAAAGACCUCCCCGUGCCCGUCCCCCGGUAAGCGCGCUGUGUACGGGGACGGCGACUCUAAAGUGACCAGCAACGGCAUCCACGACAUCGAGGACAGGAUUCUGAGGAUCACGGGCUACUACGGCUACAACCCGGGCUACUCCAGCCACAGAAACUAUAAUAAUUGGGUUUGUUACCACAGCUCCUUCAUCCGCCUGUUGUGCGACGCCUUCCCUACAAAUGCAUGA